UUGAGCACCUCACCUACGCACUAUCGUCGUCAUUUCUCAUAUCAGAUGUUAUAUAAACCUUUCAACGAUUCCUUGAGUCUACAAACAUACCCUUGAUAUAUCUUCAACAAAUACCUCGAAAGAAUUCGAAUCUCAAAACUAUGUCUUCUGUCGACGAUUUCAACACCGGUUCUGGAAACGAGAUGAACGCCAAUGCAUCCCAGCAGCAGAAUGCUACUGGACAGCAACAGAGCGAAGACUAUGGUGACAAGGGUCUUGACGCGAUCGAGAAGAAAGAGGGUGUCAACUUGAACCGAAACACCAACGAAAAGAUCACCGAUGCUGCCAGAGAGGGAUUUGAAAAAAUCACCGGGAAAGAUGUUCCUUCCAAAUUUUCUAACUAAAUGCUCAUUUUUUAAACGGACUAUACAUGCAAUGUAUUCUUGUAAUUCUAUAGUAAUGUAAACAUUAAACUGC